UGUGCUUGUGUGAAAGAGCGAGCGAGACCGGGAGCGGGUGAAAAGCUUGCGCAAGGGAGGAGGCAGAGAUGUUCAGGGCGCCGCUGCCAGACCGCUGAGGAGGUGGCCCAGGAGGAGCAGCCUCCAUGAGCUCCGAGAUCGGGGGCCCGGUGCCUCGCAGCCCGGCCUUGAUGAACCAGCCGCCGCCUCCGCUGCCUCCCUCCGCCCUGGAGACGUCCAGCACCGGCAGCAGCACCUCUACAACCCCCGGCGGAGGCGGCGGCGGCGGCGGCGCCGCUUCCUCCUCCGCGCCCUCCAAACCCAAGAAGGCCAGCUCGGGGCUGCGACGGCCGGAGAAGCCGCCUUACUCGUACAUCGCGCUGAUCGUGAUGGCCAUCCAGAGCUCGCCUUCCAAGCGGCUGACGCUGAGCGAGAUCUACCAGUUCCUGCAGGCCCGCUUCCCUUUCUUCCGCGGCGCCUACCAAGGCUGGAAGAACUCGGUGCGGCACAACCUCUCGCUCAACGAGUGUUUCAUCAAGCUCCCCAAAGGGCUGGGCCGGCCGGGCAAGGGCCACUACUGGACCAUCGACCCGGCCAGCGAGUUCAUGUUCGAGGAAGGCUCCUUCCGACGGCGCCCGCGGGGCUUCCGAAGGAAAUGCCAGGCGCUCAAGCCCACCAUGUACCACCGCAUGGUCAACGGGCUGAGCUUCCUCCCGCAGGGCUUCGACUUCCAGGCGCCCCCGGCCGCGCCUCUGGGCUGCCACCCCAGCAGCUACAACCCCCUGGACGUGAUGCAGGCUGGCGCUGCCUACGAGGCCCAUCAUGUCCCGCACAUGUCGCCUAACCCGGGCUCCACGUACAUGGCCAGUUGCCCGGUCCCGUCCAACGGUCCAGAUUACGGGCCGGAUAGCAGCAGCAGCCCGGUGCCUUCCUCGCCUGCCAUGGCCAGCGCCAUCGAGUGCCACUCGCCCUACGGCAGCCCUGCCGGACACUGGACUGCCUCGGCGGCCUCGCCCUAUCUCAAGCAGCAGGCCCUGCAGCCGCCGCCGCCGCCGCCUACCGCCGCCGCCCCUGCGGGCCUCCACUCGGGAAUGGCCUCCUAUUCGCUGGAGCAGAGCUACCUGCACCAAAACGGCAGGGAAGACCUCUCAGUGGGCCUGCCUCGGUACCAGCACCACCCCAGCCCGGUGUGCGACCGGAAGGAUUUCGUCCUCAAUUUCAACGGCAUCUCGUCCUUCCACCCAUCGGCCAGCAGCUCUUAUUACCACCACCAUCACCACCACCACCAAACCGUCUGCCAGGACAUCAAGCCCUGUGUGAUGUAAACGCGGACUCCUAAGCCGAGCGGAAGGAGCCGGCAGGCGGCCGGGCGCAAGUGAAGGACGGUGGGAGGCUGCAGAGGCGCUCCAAAAUCCAGCAGGGCCAGGGAAGGGCUCGGAAGAACUCCCACGGCCCACGGCUCCCUACACGAGGAAGCCAGAGCAGAGACAAGCACGUUUUUCUUGGUGACCUCGCGCAGCGCGAUCCUCCGCGCUCGAAAUCAAAAGCUUCGUUCCAGCCGGGCCGUUUGCCCUGAUCCUUUCCUGGUCCUUUGAAGUGAAGCCCCGCUCUCAUCCGCCGGACUGAUGCCUUGCAAGAAGAGGAAAGACAUGGGAGGGGGCAUCCCCUCCUCAGCGAACCCCUCUGUGCCCUCUCCCAGGAGGGACCAACCCUGUACAGGAUCGCUGCAUUACCAGGGACACGUUCACAAUUGCAAUGCACCGGAGGGAGGGAGGGAGGGCUACCGUUCCCUUCUGGCUUCCUCCUCGCAGUCAGCCUGAGGGGGAUGAUGGGCGCCGAAUUCCGAGUACGCGGUUAUAGUUAAGACACCCAGCCCGAAGGAACUCCGAGAUGCUCUCUCCCAAGGAAGGGAAUGCCCGCUUAGGAUCGGGCUGCGGACUCCCUGAGCCUCCUUUGGGCCGCGCAGCCUUCCUCCUCCCGAGGUCCUCCGGAGAAGUUAGGUCACGAUUCCCAUCCUCUUUUAUUUUAUAAGAUGAUGGGAGUUGUAGUUCAGCCCUCCAGAGAGGGUUCCGUGCGUGAAGGAGGCUGGCUUGUGCGGUGGUGAUUUCUGCAGGUCCAUAAUAACCAAGGCUGCCCUGUUCUUUCUUUUGCUAGCCCGCGUUUUCAAAAAAAAAACGGAGCACACCGUGUCUCCUGUUUCGUUUAAUUUUAUAUCUACGAGUUUUAUUUAAAAGCAACAUUAAAAAAGGUUGGAUUCGGACUUGACCCAAGCCUUCUGAAAUCGAUAGAUGGAAGCCCCCCUUUUAUAAUUUCGUGGAUUGAGUCUAAAGAUGAGUAAAUCUGGGGAUCAACUUGUUAACAUUUUUUUGGGACAAGCAAGCAGGCACGUUGGUGUGGAGGUCGCCCUCUUUUCACUACACAACAACCCCCCCUUUUUUAAAAAAAUAAAAUAAAAAUAAAAAUGAUGUUUAAAGCAAAAGGGAUUGAGCUGGACUUCGUCUGUAAUCUAAAGGAAGUCCUUCGCGUUCCCGUUUCAUUAGCAUCGCGUGGACCCGAGGCCGUUUAUCUGAUAAUCGUCCGCGUUUAGAGAAAGGCAAAUAGGAAUGGAAACGACUUCUAGCGGCGGCAUCGGCCACCGGGGACUUCGAGCGCAGCCAAGCCAUCGCCGAGGCGAUUGUAAACAGUCCUUCAUUACAGCACAAUUCAUUCGGCCCAACGAUGGCUGGCAGGCGUCUCUGGUGUUUCAGGGUCUUCAUUGAAAAGUUCCUUUCCUCUGUAUGAAGAUUUCAGGAAGAGAGGCCGGGCAUUCUUGUCUUACAGGAUGUACACAGUUGGGAGGGGGGGGGAAACGAAAACGAAAGUAUUUUUAGUGCAGAAAAACUUUGGCCGUUGCUUUGGUCAAGGCUUCUUUCUUUCUUUCUUGAUUUGCAUGAAAUGCCUUAUUUUUCCAGUGUGCCGCUUAAGGGAGUCCGUUGGCAUCGACCAGCACGAUGAAGCACCACUGAUUUCUGGCCGGGUAUGGGGGGGUGGGACGCGAGUAUUUCCACCGGCAUCUCCCAAUUUCCAAAUCCGGUUAACUGGUCUGUUUUUAGAUAACUGACACGUUACCACUUCGGGGUUAGUUUAUUUCUAAUUUUUUUCCCCUUCCCCUUCAGCGUUUAUAUCACAGUUUGCUGACGUUUUGUUUUUGUUUGUUGGGGUUGUUUUUUUUUUUUUUGUUUGUUUUGAGAAAAAAGGAAUUGAAAUAAAUUUCGUGUAUACUCGCACACUAUCGCUUUUCAACCAGAGAGUAUAAUUUGCACUUAUGUAUAACGUUUGUUGGUUUGUCAGAAGUUUGUGAUGUACAAAGUUCUCGGGGUGGGCAUUUUCUCCCCCCCUCCAAUAAAAUGUAUGUGACACAA